CCUAGAAAUACAUUAAUCAUAUAUUUCUGAUAUAUAUCAGAAGCCGUCACCUCCAUAUGUAACACAAACUUUUGUACGCCAACGUAGUUCAAAGCACCCUCAAACAAUAUUCAAAUGUCUCUCUGUUUUCAAUUUUAAAAGAUAUUUUAAAUUAUUGUUUUCUUCUCUCUCUCUUUUUAUAAGAUAAAGUUUAGAGGAAUUUGAGGAACAACACCAUUUGAUAACAAGGGUGUGAAUUGGAAUGCAAAGAGGUGAAAUGAAGCUUGAUGAAGAUCUUGAUCAUAAACUUGACCGUGAAGAUGAUUUUCAAACGGAUGAUGAAGAAAAUCAAGCAGAUAGGGAUUUUAAAAAUCAAAUGGAUGAUGAUGAUACCGAAUCAUCAGAUAAUAAGAAUUCACCUCCUUCAAGAUAUUCAUCAAAUGAGGUUGAUUUUAACACCACAUGGCCUCAAACCUAUAGGACAUCGAUGGAUAUGUUAACAAGUGUUAGUGUAACCCCGCCUGGAAUUAGUUUCCUAAGGAAAAUUGGUUCAGCAGGGAAGGGUAGUUAUCUCUUUAAGGAAAACCAAGAUGAUUAUAAUUCUUUAACUAUACCUCUUGUUACCGAGGAAGAUUCAAUCAAAAAAGAGGAUCCGACUUCAACAACAUCUCAUCAUCAAUCACCUGUCAGCUGUUCAAAAAUCUCUACCUCUGAAUUUCCAACACCACAGAGGCAAUGCUCCUUGGCACAAUCAGUAAUUAAUGGAACCAAUCUAUUAUGUGGGAUAGGACUUAUGACCAUGCCAUAUGCAGUAAAAGAAGGAGGGUUGUUGAGCCUUACAUUACUGCUACUGUUUGCUGUCAUUUGUUGCUAUACUGGAAUUUUAUUGAUGAGGUGUUUACAAAGCUACCCUGGACUCCACAGUUAUCCGGAUAUUGGCCAAGCUGCUUUUGGAACUGCUGGUCGCUUCGGGAUCGCGAUCGUUUUAUACAUGGAACUAUUUGCUUCUUGUGUUGAGUUUUUAACACUUAUAAGUGAUAAUCUCUCAUCACUUUUCCCUAACACCAGCAUGUUCAUAGCUGGCACUGAACUUAGUACACAUCAAGUUUUCGGCAUCACCGCAGCUCUUCUUGUUUUGCCAACAGUUUGGUUGAGAAAUCUAAGCCUGCUUUCAUAUAUUUCAGUUGGAGGAAUAUUUGCGACAAUAGUUGUAGCACUUUGUUUGUUCUGGGUUGGUGCAAUUGACCAAGUUGGAAUUAUUAAUCCGGGAAACAAACUUAUAGACAUUGAAAAAAUAUCUGUAUCAAUUGGUCUGUUUGGUUUCGGAUUUGCUGGCCAUGCAGUUUUUCCAAAUGUCUACUCUUCCAUGAAGGAUCAAUCCAAAUUCCCAUUAGUUCUAUAUAUCAGUUUUGCUUUCUGUCUUGUUAUGUACAUCAGUGUAGGAGCAGUUGGCUAUUUAUUGUUUGGUGACAAAACUGAAUCCCAGUUUACCUUAAACAUGCCCAAAGAGUUAUAUGCAUCAAAGAUAGCAACUUGGACAACUGUUGUGACUCCUCUGGCAAAAUAUGCCUUAACAUUAUUGCCUAUUGCAUCAAGCAUAGAGGAACUUGUCCCUUCUCCUAGGCUAAGAUGUUAUCCUAUGUCUAUUCUCAUCAGAACAGCUUUAGUGGUUUCAAGUUUAGUUGUGGCCCUCUCUUUUCCAUAUUUUGGUUCUGUGAUGGCUCUAAUUGGUUCUCUAAUGUCAAUGAUAGUUGCACUUAUAUAUCCUUGUGCAUGUUAUCUCAAGCUACAAAGUGGCAAAUUAUCAAAUAUGCAGAUAACAAGUUGCAUUUUGAUUAUUAUUGUUGGGGUGAUAAGUGGUAUCUUAGGAACAUACUCAGCUACUACAAGAAUAUUUGGCGAUGGAGACUAAAUGAUAGUAUUAAUAUUAUUGUAAAAGUCACUUUUUUUUUUUUUUUUGGCUUGUGUUAGAUAUUUUUAGACUUUUUGAGAUAUGCAAGUCAAAAUUGUUGUUGUAUGUGUGUUUAUAUACACCAUAGUAGAUGAGAGAAGGAUUAUAGCCAUAUAUUUGUGAGAAUGAGCAUUUGAUUGUAAUGCUUAUUUGAUUUGUACUAUUAUUAUACACUUUGAUGAAAAUGAAUAUUAGUAGAAGAA